GGCAGGACUGUGAACGAGCCGCGGUCUGCGUGGGCGCGCGAGCGGCGCGGGACUGCGGGGGCGCGCGAACCGCGCGGCUGAUGCUUGGCGGGAUUGCUGGCCCAGCUGAAAUGGUUCCUCCUCCCUCACCUCCGCCCCGGCUGCUUCUGGUAGCCCUGGUGGGGCUCCUGAGUCUUUGCGAGUCCUGGAACCGAAAGGGCGGGGCCCUCGCAGAGGUCAACGCCCAGCUCUGCGCCUUGGACCCACAGGUGGUGGUUGAGCUGGCGGCGGAGGAGGCAGGAACCGGUUGUCCCGAGGGCCUGUGGCCUCUGCCUCCGCAGGUGUUACCAAGAGUGACAUACACGCAGGUGGGACGAGGGCAGCUUGAUGGUGUCGCCUUCCUCUACCACCCCUGUGCCCACCCCUGGCUGAAGCUCCAGCUUGCUCUCUUGGCCCAUGUGUGUGUGGCCAAGCCCACACUGGUUCCUGACUCCAAUCUCACUUCGGACCGGCCCCUGGUGCUGACAGCUUGGGGGACUGCACUGGAGAUGGCAUGGGUAGAGCCAGCCUGGGUUGCCAACUGGUUGAAGAGGAGGCGGCGGCGGCGGCAGCAGAGAAAGAGUGUGUGGUUUCUCUCUGACACUCUUUCUGGGCCAGUUCCCAUGAUGGCAGCCCCCAGCAGAGGGAAGCUGUGUGGGAGACGGUGUGUACAGGCUCCGACUCUGGCCUUUGCUCUGCGAAGCUGGCGGCCUCCUGGUGUAGAGGUGACAUCUAGAGGCUCCCUCAGUGUUGCCAAGAGAAGAGGGCUCCGAGCUGCCCUUCGUCUCCAAUCUACUCCCUCAGGCCUGAGGGUUUCCUUGACCUCUUCCCAGAGCCCGAAGGCCCAGCAGCCCAUUUUGGGAACCUCAUCUGUGGCCCCUGUCUCCUUGAUGACUGGAGCACCUGGAGGCAAUGCUAGGUCCAGGACAGAGGCUCAGAAGCCCAGUGGGCAAGACAAUCCAGAGGGUUGUGCCUGCCCAGGCCAGGCUUCCCCAGCUCCUCGAGCAGCAGCGCCUCCCCGGGUGGCCCGAGGCCCAACUCCACGCACUGAAGAGGCAGCUUGGGCUGCCAUGGCCCUGACCUUCCUGCUGGUCUUGCUCACCCUGGCCACACUCUGCACGAGAUUGCACCGGAACUUCCGCAGGAGUGAGAGCAUCUACUGGGGGCCCACAGCAGACAGUCAAGACACGGUGGCUGGUGAGAAGGCCCCCUACCCCCAGUCCCUCGCCAGGUGUGCUCAGUCUCUUGAAUUCCUUGCCCUUUCGCCUUCUCGCAGCUGUGCUGAAACGGAGACUUCCUUUGUCCUCGCGCCGGAUCAAGAGGUCUCGCAGACGGCCCCUGCUCCCGCCCACACCGGAUAGCGGCCCUGACUCCGAGAGCUCGGACUGAGCGGCUCCGCCCCUCUGUGAUUGCUGCCACGUGGGCCGUGCGCGGGCGCCCCCUGGCGGCAGAUGGAGAGGCCCUGGAGGCUUCUUUUGGUUUGAGUAUCCUUUUAAGCCUCCCUGAUGCAAAUUCCUAUUUCUAAUUAAAUUAUUUUAGUAGAA